AGCUUAUUGUUUGAUUAAAUGUGGAUCCUCCAAUGGUGACAAAAAUGACAUAGCGAUCACAUAUUCUACGGGCCGGCUAGCUAGCAUCUAAACAGCCUAUAAAACUCCCCGCGUCCCAGACAAGACGAGCAGCAACAGCCAUGACGACGACGAAGCGGCACUGCUUGCGCUUCACCACCGUCCUGGCGACGACGCUUCUCUCCGCCACCGCCGCCUGCCUCGACGUCGGCUUCUACGACAGGACAUGCCCCACUGCCGAGACCAUCGUGCAGCAGACCGUGGCGGCCGCGUUCAGGAACAACUCCGGCGUCGCUCCGGCGCUGAUCCGCAUGCACUUCCAUGACUGCUUUGUCAGGGGCUGCGAUGGCUCGGUGCUGAUCGACACGGUAGGCAACCUGACGGCGGAGAAGGACGCGCCACCCAACAACCCCAGCCUCCGGUUCUUCGACGUGGUCGACCGUGCCAAGGCGUCACUGGAGGCUCAGUGCCCCGGCGUGGUCUCCUGCGCCGACGUGCUCGCCUUCGCGGCCAGGGACAGCGUCGUGCUCUCCGGUGGCCUCGGCUACCAGGUGCCGGCCGGACGCCGUGACGGGCGGAUAUCCAAUGACACCGAAGCCCUCAACAACCUGCCUCCGCCGUUCUUCAACGCCACCGAGCUGGCAGACAGGUUCGCCUCCAAGAACCUCACUAUCGAGGACCUGGUCGUGCUCUCCGGCGCGCACACCAUCGGCGUCUCGCACUGCAGCGGCUUCGCCGGCCCGACAGACCUGAACGGCCCCGUUGACCGGCUCUACAACUUCAGCUCGCCUGACGGGAUUGACCCGACGCUGAGCAAAGCCUACGCAUUUCUUCUCAAGAGCAUCUGCCCGGCCAACACCAGCCAGUUCUUCCCGAACACGACGGUGUUCAUGGACCUCAUCACGCCGGAAAGGUUUGACAACAAGUACUACGUCGGCCUGACCAACAACCUGGGCCUCUUCAAGUCAGACGUGGCGCUGCUGACCAACGCGACGAUGAAGGCCCUGGUCGACUCCUUCGUGCGCAGCGAGGCGACUUUCAGGACCAAGUUUGCCAGGUCCAUGAUCAAGAUGGGGCAGAUCGAGGUGCUGACGGGGACGCAGGGCGAGAUCAGGCGCAACUGCAGGGUCAUCAACCCCGUUAGUGCCACCGAUGAUGUCGUCCUCGCCCGCCCAUCAGGAUUCACUGGAGUGGCUGCGAGCUAGCUAACCAACUGUCGGUUCAUGCACAUGCGUUGUGCACAGUGUGUGAUGUCUAGUGUGAGUUGAUGUGUGAAAUUGUAAUAAGUAAUGAGCAGAUUAUCUUGGUAAGCUCGCUUGUUACUGUGGCAAAAGUUGUUUUGUUGCAUGACAAAAAUGUAUACUCAUCGGAUUAUUGAAAACAAAACUGAUAUUUGUUCAGGCAAAUAGUUCUACAAAAUCCUUAUAAACA